AUGUAUCGCUUGUCUGUGUUGCAAUAUGCAGCUUCUGCUUCAUCUAAAAGCAAAAAAUCAAGAACAUCUGUCGCAUUAGAUUUGGAAGUUGCUGAUUCAAGAUUGACAUAUCUAGCUGAGUUAGAAUUUGGCAACUUGCAAUUAUAUGGUCCUGGUGCUGUCGCAGCUACAAUAAGUAACACUUGGGCUCCACAGACUGUUGCUCUAAUACACACUGUGUGCUUCCAUUUUAUUGUUUUUGAUAGUAUAGCUCAUUUGCUGGGUAAAAUGAAAACACAAUUUCCUAAUAUUGAAGCAGCUUCAUUUGAAUGUACUUGUAUAGAAUCUUUAUCUCAACUGAAUGCAUUAGGUCAAAUUCCAGGUCUUAAAAUUUUAACGAUUGAAAGUGAGGGAAAUCCUAUAUUACAAUUAUCUUUAUGGAGAAUGUAUGCUGUGUACAGAUUGGGUCCAACGAUUGAACUUAUAAAUGGUGCAACGGUAACAGAACUUGAAAGAGUUAGAGCGGAAGAUAUUUUUGGAGGCCUUGGUUUUGCAGCUUCUUUGUUACUUCCGAAGUAUAGGUUAUCUUCUUUGUUAAAUAGUCCUAGAGUAAAACAAAUGUUUUUAAAAGAAAAGGGAUACUCUCCCAACAGCUUACAAAGACAACCAGACUGCCAAGUGGCUGCCGAAGUUAUGAAAGCUGCAUUUACUUACAAUCCUGAUUAUGAAUACUCUUUACCUGGAUACAAAACUACUGCAAGUAAAAUUGUGGAAAAAAAUCUAUUGCGUGUGGAAGAAGCUUUAAAAAAACGUUUAGUCUUUCAACGGCUUUGGCCGUCCAUGUUUUUAGGAAUAGUCAAUGAUGCAUUAGAAGAUUAUAUUGAUUUGAAUCGCCAUAUGAAACUGUCCAUGCUAAGCUUGCUUAAGAAAUGCAAAUCUUUAGAUGAAAGUGAUAGCAAUGAUUGAAAUAAAUUUUUGAAGACCAUUUUUAAAUAAAUUACCAAAAUUUCAUUAACUCAUUUUUUCUUUUCUGGCUGCAAUUUGGCAACUUUCAGUUUUCUUUUUUAAUUGACAAUCAAUGCUUCAUACAAAUGAACCACAAAUUUCAAUACUUCGGGUAAACUUUGAAUCUUGUUAUAUAUGAAUUUUGCUUUAAUAAAGCUUAUCUAUUUAU